UAUAUUAUAAUAAUAAAUUAAAAAUGAAUUAAAUUUAAUAAGUUAAUAAAUAAGGAAGAAAACUUUUCAAAUAUCAUAUUGAUUAAAAUAUUUAAAGAUAUAAGAAUUAAUAAAUGUUUACUUAUAGAGUUAAUAGAUGGAGAUGGAAUACAAAAGAUCAUUCCACCCCUCUUAAAUUCUUUAGAUUAAAAUAUCCUUUAAUGUGGUCUUUUACUGCUAUUUUAGUUUACGAUUGGACUUAUGGAUGGACUUAACUUAGUUCACAUUGAUUUUUUUUAAUAAAAACAAUAUUUAUAUUUAAAUGCAAAUUAAUACUAUUUACAAUGCAUUUUUUAAAAAAAAAGAAUAAUUAUUUG